GCGUUCCCCACGACUACCGGAAGUGCAGGUGCAUCGCGGAAGCUAGCAGCAUAAACAUCUUUCCUAUUAGUGUUUGGACCGUACACCGGCUGUAGACGGGCCUGUGGUGUUUUCCACAGAAGAGUCCACGCAUUUCGUGUUUUGCUGUCAGAAAGUGCGGAGGUCCGUCGACAUGACUCUCAACCAGAACCAUUCGGAGUCCGGCGGAGUCAUUAUCAACAACAGUGAAAGUGUUUUGUUGAACCAUGACAACGUGGAGCUCGUGUUCAACGAUGCUGACAGCCUACCUGAAGCCUUCAGGAAGAGCAAGAAGGGCAGCAUCUUCCUGACGCCGUACAGGGUUAUCUUUGUGGCGAAAGGCCGGGAUGCACUCAAGUCCUUUAUGAUGCCUUUCUACCUGAUGAAGGGUUGUGAGAUCAAACAGCCGGUAUUAGGAGCAAAUUACAUCAAGGGAACCAUCAACGCAGAGCCUGGUGGCGGCUGGGAGGGCAGCGCCAGCUUCAAGCUGGUCUUUGCUGCUGGAGGAGCCAUAGAGUUUGGUCAGUACAUGCUGCAGGUUGCUGCGCAGGCUUCCAGAGGUCAGCCAGUAACUGCUGGGUUUGGUGGAUGUCCUUUCAUGGCCAACGGAGCCUAUGCUUACCCACCCCCCCCUUCAAACGGGGCGUACCCUGCAGGACCACCGCCUGACUAUGCCUACCCUAACCCACCACCUCCAGGUGGAUUUUACCCCAACUCGUCCUUUGACAGCUCUGCAGUCUUCAUGCCCCCACCUCCAUAUUCAGCUGCUCUGGGCCAGCAGCCCCCACAAGACCCCGGGCUCCCCUCUUCAGCUGCAGCUGAAGCUAAAGCGGCCGAAGCGGCAGCCAGCAGUAGCUGUGCCACGCUGCCGACUUCACAUGUGUACCUGCCAGAGGACAAGCCCCCCCCUUACUCUCCUCCAGAAGACAAGAAGAAUCAGUAGACCUGCUCAUCUUCCAGCCUCACGCGGACCUUCUUCUUAUUUUACCCAAGAUCAUUCACACUUUUUUUUGUCUUCCGAGUAGGGGCGCCGCAAAAGGGGAGAAAAAUUAAGACAAUACUACUAGUGACAGACAGGGUACAUUACCAGUAAUGUAUUUUUAGUUGUUGCCCCCCCAAAAUCCCUGACGGCACGCCUGCUUCCGAGACCCACUGCUCUCUUCAUUCUUACUCCUACAUGAAUUACAUCAUCUCAUAGCGUAAUGGCUUUUGGGGUGCUUUAACACAGCAGAGAAAGUUGAAGAGUUCAGCAACAAUCUCCCCCCUUUUCAUGUCUUAAAGCUGUUGGCGUGAAGCUUUAUUUGGCUUUGCUGUGACGUGCAUGUCAAUUUGUAGAACUACCAACCAACCAGGACUGCUUUGCUAAAUCUACCCCGAGACAAGCUCUACUAAGUUUAUUUUUAUACCAUGUAAUUGUAAAUAUUUAGAAAAUAAGAUAUAGGUCUUGACGAGAGAACACUUCUAACACACUCAGAGAUGGAGGCAUCUUGUCUGUUUGGUGACAGGUACUGUACGUAGAACUACGUUGGAAUUCCAGACAUAACCAUGAGUGAUCAUAGUCUCCUGAUUGGAACUAUUUUGUUUGAGGUUACGUUUAUGCCGCUAUGUAACAUCUACACACCGUAUGUUAUGUUACACGUACGAUAUCGUGUGUGGCUGCUUUGGGCUCCCGCUUGCUCAGGCAUGGCUGAAUGUGUAAUGAAGCUUCAUAAUAUUUCCACAUUUCAUUUAUGGCACAGCACUAAAGCAUGAUGUCAGAUUUAUUCAACUGAUCUUGUUUUAUGUGUAAUUGUAUAUAUUUGUGUCAUAAUAAUACUUGGAAAUACU